AUUAUCUCUAAUUUUAGGUUUAGUCAUAUGCUGAAUUCCUUAAUUUGCAGGGCAUUUUUUUUGUAACAUGUUAUCACAGUCGCCGUAACUCCGGUUGUAGCAUUUUCCGAUAUGCUACUUGUUAAACCCUACCGGAGAGCCCUCCAUAGCUCAACUCGGCAAGUUCAAUCCAAAACCCUAGACUCACCACCUUCUUCCUCCAGCACCCUUUUUGUCGACAGGGCUGUAUCCAUUCUUAAAGGCUACGACCCAAUUUCCUUGGACUCCAUUUCUUCCCAAUUCACCCCUCAAUAUGCUUCUUCCGUGCUUUUCCAAUGCCGAUUCGAUAAACCCCUUGUUCUAAGAUUCAUCAACUGGGCGCGCAACCGCCAAUUCUUCAAUCUUCAAUGCAAGUGCAUUUCCAUUCAUAUCCUCACUCGUUUCAAGCUCUACAAGACUUCCCAAUCCCUUGCGGAGGAUGUUGCUUUGAAAUUCGGACAUAACAAGGGUGAAUUGGUCUUUUCAUGUCUCAGGGACACUUACCAUUCUUGCAAGUCCAGCUCUGCUGUGUUCGAUUUGAUGGUAAAAUCCUACUCUCAUUUGAAAAUGAUUGACAGAGCUAUGAAUAUCUUUGAAUUAGCCAAGUUUAAUGGGUUUAUGCUCACUGUUUUGUCCUAUAAUUCCAUUCUUGAUGCGUUGAUCAGGGUUUCAUGUAAUGGGUCUUUCGAAUUAGCUCAAAAGUUUUAUGAUGAUAUGGUUCAAUCUGGGGUUUCACCUAAUGUAUAUACUUAUAAUAUUAUGAUCCGAGGCCUUUGUGCAAAAGGGGAUCUGCAAAAGGGUUUGGUUGUUUUCAAUGAAAUGGAAAAAACUGGCUGCUUGCGAAAUGUUGUAACCUAUAACACCAUAAUAGGUGGUUAUUGUAAGAUAGGUAAGGUUGAUGAGGCAGUCGAAUUGUUGAAGCUAAUGCAAGUGAGGAACUUGGAACCAACUGUGGUCACAUAUAAUGCUAUUAUUAAUGGGUUGUGUCGAGAAGGAAGAAUGAAAGAGACGAGUGAGAUUUUGGAAGAGAUGAGGGGAAAUGGAUUAAUGCCUGAUGAAGUAACCUAUAACACACUGGUAAAUGGCUAUUGUAGAGAGGGUAACUUUCACCAAGCACUUGUUUUGCACUCGGAAAUGUUAAGGAAUGGGCUGUCUCCAGAUGUUGUGACUUAUACUUCUUUGAUUAAUAGCAUGUGCAAGACUGGGAGUUUGCACCGCGCAAUGGAAUUCUUUGAUCAACUGCAUGCUAGGGGAUUAUAUCCCAACGAUAGAACUUACACAACAUUGAUUGUUGGUUUUUCUCAGCAGGGUCUUAUGAAUGAGGCUUAUAAGCUUUUGAAUGAAAUGAUUUCAAAUGGCCUUUCCCCUUCAAUUGUAACUUACAAUGCGUUAAUUAAUGGGCAUUGUGCAGUGGGCAGGAUGGAGGAUGCUUUACGCGUGACUCAAGAGAUGGAACAGAGAAGGCUGGUCCCAGAUGUUGUAACUUAUAGUACAAUAAUAUCUGGGUUCUGUAGAAACUGUGGGUUGGAAAGAGCAUUCUGUGUUAAGCAGCUGAUGGUUGAAAAAGGGGUCUUACCUGAUGUUAUUACUUAUUCAUCCCUAAUUCAAGGUCUUUGUGAGCAACAAAGACUGACUGAAGCUUGUGAACUUUUCCAAGAGAUGUUGAGAGUAGGUCUGCAACCAGAUAAGUUUACAUAUACUACACUUAUUGGUGCAUACUGUGCAAAUGGGGAUAUUAAAGGUGCUUUUCACCUGCAUAACAAAAUGAUCUAUAAGGGUUUCUUUCCUGAUGUCGUCACUUACAAUGUCCUAAUCAAUGGGCUUAACAAACAAGCUCGUACUAGGGAAGCAAAGCGGCUUCUGUUCAAGUUGUUGUAUGAGCAAUCAGUGCCAAAUAGUGUCACUUAUGACAUGCUAAUAGAAAGUUGCAAAGAUCUUGAAUUGAAGAGUGCGGUAGAUCUUAUUAAAGGAUUCUGCAUGAAAGGUUUGUUGAAUGAAGCUGACCAAGUUUUUGAGUUGAUGCUGCAAAAACACAAGAAGCCGAGUGAAGUAGCUUAUAAUCUACUUAUACACGGUCAUUCCAGGGGUGGAAAUUUGCAUAGAGCCUUGAAUCUUUUCAGAGAAAUGGCUAAUCUUGGAUUUAUUCCUCAUACAGUAAGUAUUAUUGUGCUCAUGAAAGAACUUUUUAAAGAAGGAAUGAGUGAGGAAUUACAUCAAGUAAUUCAAAGCACAUUGGAAACCUGUAAACUUGCUGAUGGUGAGCUAGCAAAAGUCAUUGUUGAGGUGAACUACAAGGAAGGGAACAUGGAUGCAGUAUUCAAUGCACUUACUGAAAUGGCCAAGGAUGGCCUUCUUCCAAAUAGUGGGAAAACCGCAUUUUGUCACAUGCCACAAUAAAGUACUUAUCAUCUUAAAAUAAUCACACCAACUUUUCCCAUGCAUGAGGUAGAAUGCAUCAAGCAAGCAGGAAACUGGGUUGCAACAAAUUGUUUCCCCUCAUUUAGGUUUCUCAUGCCAUUGUGAAUGUGGGAGAGCUGGUUUACUCCGAUGAGCGACUUUCUUUCGAGAGGGUUAAAUUCCCACUUUGCUUGAAAAUUGUAGAAGCUAUAUAAGUAGGGUGCUAACUUGAAAAGGUGAAACAAGACGAAGAGAAGGAAGUGAGUUUCAUUCAAGAAAGUGUGAGAACUCCAGCUUAAGGAGCUUUUCUGUUCAAGAACAUUGUAUGUACCAUUGAUGAAGUCUGUUAAUGGAUGGCCAUGGCUGUUUCGAGAGUAGGAUUUGAUUUACAGUGUCUUGCUUUCAGAUCAGCUAUCACUUAGUCUCUGUACUUCUGGACUAACUUUUUCCAUUCUAAUACCAAAUGUAAUAAUCCUAGUUGCUACUUCUGGACUAACUUUUUCCAUUCUAAUACCAAAUGUAAUAAUCCAAGUCUAGCAGCUAGUCUCAGAACUUUCUGAUUUUGUAACUUUUAUCAAAAGAACUUGAAGCUCAAAGUCUAUCAGCCCAGAAUUGUCAGUUAGAGAUAAUACAAGAUGUUGAGGCAAUAUCUCUUGCAACAAAUGAACAUCCAGUAGCACUGCUUGCAGAACACACAAAAAAACUCUUGCAAAGAGAUAAUACUAUUUACAUGCAUAUCUUAUCUCAAAGGCCAAAUGCUGCUGCUGUUUCUGCAUCCAUACUUCACAAGCUUUAUGGCAUCAAUUUGAAACCAUUCUUUGGAGAAAUGGGCCACCUGAAAAACCAGUGCUCUGCAAUGCAUGUGGAUCAAGAUGGCGGGUUAGGAGGACACUAGAUGGCUAUAUUCCCAGACAUGGAAACAUAGAAAUAGAGAGCUAUCAGCGACCUUCUGACAUGAAGCCGGCUCGUGACGAAAAAAAGCUAGAAGUUGGAAUAGAGGUUUCUGGACAGGAUGGCUUGAAAGCUUGUCUUGAAGAGGAAAUGAAUAACAUAUCAAGCUUAGGUUCAGCAGGGUCAUCCUCAGACAACUGCAUGCAGAUGGAAGAAACAAAUGCAUACAAAGAUCUUCUCUGGAAUCCUGACAGUGUCCCAAGAAGAAAGAGAUCAGAGCGUAGAAAACGCAUUUUGUCACCUGUUGAAAGACUCCAGAGGCAACUUCAUAACAUUCUACAGGAGCCAGACUUUGAAAAUAUCUCUGCCGAUGAUGAAAAUAUUCUAAUUUAUGCAAGGAACAAAUACAUUCCACCUAAUGAGAUUGGUCUUGGAGCUAAGCUGCUUGUAUCGCCACCUACUGCUACAGAACACUUGACAUCUCUGUCUCCAAUGGCAGAAGAUAAUGAUGCCUCUUGCUCAGUGAAUGUUCCUGUAGGAAAUUCCAAUUCCAAUUUGUAAGUGAAUUUUGAGAUGCAUGCACAAGGUUCAAGCUGGUAUGUGAGCCAACUCUUACUAUCUAGCUAGUACAAUGUUAAAACCAUUUGAGCUGUUCCAACCUUACUUGAUGUCCCCAAUGGCAACGCUCAACAACUUGUGUGUUUUGAGACCAUAUAGUUUGCCAAUAGUGCAUUUAUUUUGGAGAUUUAUAAUUCUGCUGUUUUAUUGGAUGGGAUUUCAAUGAAUUAGAUAUGUCUAUUCUGCUUUUUGGGUGCAUUUAAUAUGUCAAUUCCGAUGCUGGUCAUAGUGUGCUUGCCUACAAGUUUGUUAGUGUAAAUAAAUGAAUUUUGGGCCUAAAUCAACCCCAUGGGAUAGCUUAUGAGGGUAGGAUUGCUCAAGUCCAUAUAAGGAAUUCAUAAUUCCCUCAUCGCACUUAUGUGGGACUUAACACCCCGCCUCAUGCCCAAGACUGGACAUCUAGUCUGUGGAUUAUUUAAUAUGGGGCGCCCAACAUCGGUAAAUCAUAAAUUGGGAUGAGUUUGACACUGACACCAUGUAAAGAAAUCUAUUUUAGGCCUAACUCUACCCCAAAAGUUAGCUUGUGAUAGGAGGAUUGCCCAAGUCCAUAUUAGGAGUCCAUAAUUUCCUCAUCCCAUGAUGUGGGACUUAAAAAGCCCAAUAUCCAUUAUUUACCGUUUGUUUGCAUGGACUCCACAUUACAUGGAUACUACAUCAAGGGUAUGUCGUUAAAUUGUUCUCUAAAAUGCUUCUGCAAUUGCAUCUUCCAUAUUCAGAGAUGGGAGUCUGAUUAUUGAAGAAAUAGGUAUAUCAGCUUUAGGAUAAGGUAUGUUCAGCCACAAAGUUUGAAAACUAAGUUCACCAAAAAGUCUCUUCGAUCUCCGUUUAAGUUAUAACGGUAAGUCAAUAAUAUUUACACUAAAGAGAAGCUAGAGAGCCAUUAAUACAUAAUCCAGGAGCAAUUAAGAGUCAGAAUAAUUUAGUAUUGAGUUUCAUAAAUGCCCCCAAGUAGCAACAUAAAUCUAGAGGGUAGUGAUGGGGUUCACCCGAACCCCCUCAGCAAAAAAUUACAUGUUAUAUAAAGUUAUUUUCAAAUUUUGUAUGUAUAUAUAUAUAUAUAUUCUGAACCUCUUGAACAUGAGAUUAGAGGUUGAUUAAGUGGUUGAGGGGGUUCAAAAUUCACCUUGAGGUUUCAAGUUUAAAUCUCAAGCACUACAUUUAUAUUUUUCGAACCCCUUAGUGAAAAUCCUUGAUCUGCCACUUUAUCCAAUAUAACUCUUCAAGAACUUUAUAUUACUUGAUUGACUUUUAAGUAAUACGAAGUAGUUUAAUAAAAGCAACAAGCAUUGUAGAAACCGGAAAAAUGUAAUCACUACCAUAAAACUUCUUAGAAGGCCAGGAAAUACAAAAACAGUAUAAAGGAGCGAAGAGAGUAAAAUAUAUUACUACUUAGAAAAGGAAAAUAGGACAUGGGAAGAAAUGAGAACGUUAAAUCUCUGUCAUUCUUUUACACAGUGGCAGAGCAGUGUAAAUGAUAAUAGCUGAAAAAGGAAACAAUAGGAGUGAUUCUGGGACUGGAUAAGCAUCUUAGGCUCCGGAGGGUCAUACAACUUAAAAAGGCUACUUUUGGGUUUGUUAAAGAAUAGAUUUUGGGCCUAACUCAACCCCAAAGCCCAGCUCAUAGGGUGAGGAUUGUCCAAAACCAUAUAAGGAGACCAAUUACCCACCCCAUAUCCCAUGUGGAACUCUUAAAAGGGCCGUACCUUCGUAUUCUUAGUUUUGUUUGAAACGUAGAAUGCUUAAUCUACAAAGUUAAUUAUUUUGCCAAAAAAGGAAGUAGUAUUGGCGGGAGAUAUAAUUUUAUGCCAAAAAUAUUCUAUAGACAAAAUCUGGAAUCAAUCACUAUAUAAUACUCUUAUAGACUAAAUAUUAGGUUUCUUUCUUGCUCAUAGAUCAUUAAUUAUAGUGUCUCCCCUAAGCUUCAAAAACUUACUUUCCUUUACACAAUGAAUUGACAUCGAUUCGAUAAAGAUAUGAACUGAUCAGUCCAACUAUACUUUAACCAUACAAAUAAUAAAAGCUUUACAACAAAGUAAAAAGAUCUAUUGUUUUAAUACCUUAUUGUUUUAUGUACACUAACAUUCACCUUUUGUUAGGAGAAGCAGACAAAUAUCCUCUCUGGAAUCCUGAGAGUGUCCCAAGAAGAAAGAGAUCAGAACGUAGAAAACACAUUUUAUCACCUGUUGAAAGACUCCAGAGGCAACUUCAUACUAAUCUACAGGAGCCAGACUUGAAAAGCUCUCUGCCGAUGAUGAAAAUAUUCUAAUUUAUGCAAGGAACAAAUAUAUUCCUCCUAAUGAGAUUGUUCAUGGAGCUAUGCUGCUCAUAUCACCACCUACUACUACAGAACACUCGAUGUCUCUAUCUCCAAUGGCAGUUGCUGGAAGUGAGUUUUGAGAAGCAUGCAUAAGGUUCAAGCUGGUAACUCUUUUAUCUAGCUAGUGCAAUGUUCGUUAAAACAAUUUGAGCUAUUCCAACUUUACCGGAUGUCCCUAAUGGCAAUGACAACACCUUGUAUGUUUUGAGACCAUCUAGUUUGCUAAUUCUACAUUUAUUUUGGAGAUUUAUAUUUCUUCUGUUUUAUUGGAUGGGAUUUCAAUGAAUUAGAUACGUCUAUUCUGCUAAUUCUACAUUUUAGAGGGUAGCGAAGGGGGUCACCCGAACCUGACCCCCUUGGCAAAAAGUUACACGGUAUAUAUAAGGUACUUUUAAAAUUUUGUAUGUAUAUAUAUAGAUUUUGAACCUCUUGAAAUUAUGGUUAAAUAAAACGGAAGAAUUAUAAAGAAAUGCACAACUGGCAAUCUAGAUGGUCUCAAAACACGCAAGUUAUUGUGCAUUGCCGUUGGGGACAUCCGGUAAAGUUGGAACAACCCAAAUUGUUUUUUAUCAACAUUGCACUAGCUAAAUAAUAAGAGUUCGGUUUCCCAUACCAGCUUGGAUGUUAUGCAUGCAUCUCAAAAUUCACUUACAUAUUGGAAUUUUCUAUAGGAACAUUCACUGAGCGAGAGGCAUUUUCUUCACAGAUGUACUGCUGAUGGUCCUGAGCAUGCAAGUUAUUGUAUCUACUUGUUCUGAUGGAGCAUCAGAUACUUAUUGCAGAAAGUUAAAUUUGUUCAAGAAUGAAACUGGGUGUGUUGUUGUAUUGAAACUGCGUCUGGGACAUUGGUACUAUCAUGGGUCACCACUUGCAAAAUUGGGUUUACCAGGUUAUUCAGCAAGCGUUAAUAACUUAGGGAGUUGCUAAAUUUAUUGAUUGUAGUUCUUUGAAUAAUUAUAACAUAUAUUAGCUUUGCCUUGGUCAUUAACUCAUUAUACAUCCUUUUUCUCAAUAGAUUUUUGUCAUAUUUUUCUUCCAAUCUUUGCUUUGGAAACAUUUCUUUUGAGCCGAGGGUCUAUUGGAAACAACCUUUGUACCCACAAAGGUUGGGGUAAGGUAUGCAUACCCUCUCCAAAUCCUACUUGUGGUAUUACACUGGGUAGGUUGUUGAUACAUAUUUGUGGGAUGGUUAAGGACAUGGAUACUUUAAACAGAUUGUCACAUGUUAAAGGCUUGGAACACUAACCAUGCGCAUAUGGCAUUUUUCAUCUGCUUCAUGCAUGAUGAAGAUGACGAUAUUUGAAGUCUUGGUCAUGAUGUAAAAUGGGUAUCCUUCAAAUUUCUGUGGUCAUUGGUCAUGAAGUUUCUUAUAUAAGCUGCUUCUGGAGUAUGAUGUACCUAAUGUUGGUGCUCAGUGUCAAGCUUGUGAAGCUGAGCAUUUUAGUACAAGCUAGAUCAGUUGCAUUUUCACAGUGGUGUGGCAAGGCUGUACCUGAUUGCUUCAUAGAGUGCAAAAUAGGAAGCUCUGAAGCUACUUGGAUGAGGCAUAUGCCCUUGAAGAUCAUGUUCACGACCACUAAAGCAGCUCAGGAGCACCUGUUCUUUGGAAAAUCUAGUUGGGGUUAAUUAUUUGCUUUAACGAAGCUCUAUUUUAUUACUAGGCUUUCUACUUCCAGGGCAAAUCAACUGACGAAGUUGGCCGUUAAACUCUGUUUUAUAUUGAACUGAUAGCUUAACCUAUACAAAAACCCUCUUCCAAGGAAAAAGAAAAGCUGAAUAAAUGUUGUUUUGGUUAUAUUGUGUUUUUUUCCCAGGAGAUGCUAAUUUAUAAGAUAUGAGAUCUUUGUAGGAUCAUUCUAUUGUAUUCAAAUUAUAAUUUGUAGUGUGAGAUCAUUUCCUUGGAAAUUUAGAAAAAUAUUGCAACAUGCAAUGAAAGAGACUUUACAAUUGGCACUGGUUGA